AUGCCUCAGGCACCGAUGCCAGAGUUCUCCAACUCCGUGAAGCUUAAGUAUGUCAAACUUGGCUAUCAAUACUUAGUCAAUCACUUCUUGGGUCUUCUUUUGAUCCCGAUCAUGGCAGUCAUCGCCGUUGAGCUUCUUCGGAUGGGUCCAGAAGAGAUUCUUAAUCUUUGGAACUCACUUCAUUUUGACCUAAUUCAGGUUCUAUGUUCUUCGUUCUUUGUUAUCUUCAUCUCCACCGUUUACUUCAUGUCCAAGCCACGUACCGUUUACCUCGUUGACUACUCUUGCUACAAACCACCUGUCACCUGCCGUGUUCCCUUCGCAACUUUCAUGGAACAUUCUCGUUUGAUCCUCAAGGACAAGCCCAAGAGCGUUGAGUUUCAAAUGAGAAUCCUUGAACGUUCUGGCCUUGGUGAAGAGACUUGUCUCCCUCCGGCUAUUCAUUACAUUCCUCCCACACCAACCAUGGACGCAGCUAGAAGUGAGGCUCAGAUGGUUAUCUUCACGGCUAUGGACGAUCUCUUCAAGAAAACCGGUCUAAAGCCUAAAGACAUUGACAUCCUCAUUGUCAAUUGCUCUCUUUUCUCUCCCACUCCAUCGCUCUCCGCUAUGGUCAUCAACAAAUACAAGCUUAGGAGCAACAUCAGAAGCUUUAAUCUUUCCGGGAUGGGCUGCAGCGCGGGCCUGAUCUCAGUAGAUUUGGCCCGUGAUCUGCUUCAAGUUCAUCCCAAUUCAAAUGCAAUCAUAGUCAGCACGGAGAUCAUAACGCCUAAUUACUACAAAGGGAACGAGAGAGCCAUGUUGCUUCCCAAUUGUCUCUUCCGCAUGGGCUCUGCUGCCAUUCUCAUGUCGAACCGUCGGUCUGACCGAUGGCGAGCCAAGUACAAGCUUUGCCACCUUGUCAGGACACACCGUGGCGCUGACGACAAGUCUUACUACUGUGUCUAUGAGCAGGAAGAUAAAGAACGACACGUUGGCAUCAACUUGUCCAAAGAUCUCAUGGCCAUCGCCGGUGAAGCCCUUAAAGCUAACAUCACCACAAUAGGUCCACUUGUCCUACCGGCAUCGGAGCAGCUUCUCUUCCUCUCAUCUCUAAUCGGACGUAAAAUCUUCAACCCGAAAUGGAAACCAUACAUACCAGAUUUCAAGCUAGCCUUCGAACACUUCUGCAUUCACGCAGGAGGAAGAGCAGUGAUCGACGAGCUACAGAAGAAUCUACAGCUAUCAGGAGAACACGUGGAAGCCUCAAGAAUGACAUUGCAUCGUUUUGGUAACACUUCAUCGUCCUCUUUAUGGUACGAGCUUAGUUACAUCGAGUCUAAAGGGAGAAUGAGAAGAGGAGAUCGAGUUUGGCAGAUUGCGUUUGGGAGUGGUUUCAAAUGUAACUCUGCUGUGUGGAAGUGUAACCGUACGAUAAAGACACCUAAAGAUGGACCAUGGUCCGAUUGUAUCGACCGUUACCCUGUCUUUAUCCCUGAAGUUGUGAAACUCUAA